AUGGUUGUGUCUCGAAGUUUUCAAGAGAUAUUUGAUUCGAUAGAUAUAAAUUCGCCACUAAGUUUACCCAAGUGCAAGAAUAAUGUAUUACAAAUCGAAUUUACUGAAACGAAGACUAAUGAAACAGUGUAUAAUAAUAAACCUUUGUUACCAUUUGCUGCCAGUGAUAUUUAUUAUUCUUCUAUAAUUAAUUCAAGAAGAUUGACUGCACUGGAUAGUGAUUGCAAGGCUGUGUAUGAAAUAUCACUAAAUAUUGAGGAUAGUUAUUUUAUUUUCACACCAGGAGACACAAUAGCCAUUGUACCACAUAACAAAAAAUCCGAAGUGGACUUUACAUCGAAGCAUCUGGAUAUUAAAGAAGUACUAUAUAAUGAUUAUAAACUCAGUUUAGAUAGUGGGCAAAAAGGUGCUAAAUUUCCAGCGCACAUACCAAUUAAAUCAAAUUUAUACCAUGUUCUAACACACUGUGUUGAUUUAAGAGCUAUUAUUAAAAAGCUAUUCCUUUUAGCACUUUCUACACACACUAAAGAUGAGAAUGAGAGAAAGAUAAUGGAAUAUCUUUGCAGUUCCGAAGGCUCUGCAGCAUAUAACACUCACAUAUUAAACAAAGGCAUAUGUAUUCUUGAUAUAUUCAAUACAUUUAAAUCCUGCAAACCUCCCAUUGAAUUACUUCUAGAGUAUUUACCGAGACUUCUACCACGACCAUACUCUAUUGUUAAUAGCCAAGGUCCUGUUAUAAAAAUAUGUUUUUCUGUUAUGGAAAUUAAUAAUAGAAAAGGUCUUACAACUGGUUGGUUGGAAGAUUUAAUACUGAAAAAUGAUAUUGAAAGUCAGAUGGAGAAAUUAAGUUUGGGAGUAACAGAACAUAAAAUUCCAAUAUAUAUGAGGAAGAAUAUGAAUGAAUUCCGCCCACCAACGAGUCUUGAUACACCAUUAAUAUUAAUCGGCCCUGGAACUGGAGUGUCACCUUACAUCGGUUUUUUAGAAGAACGAGAAAAAUUAUUAAAAAAUGCAGAUAGCGCUGGUUUCGUCUGGCUGUUUUUCGGAUGCCGUGACCCUAAACUAGAUUUUAUAUAUGAAGACGAAUUAAAUAAAUUUGUAACAAGCGGUGUUCUUAGCAGAUUGAGUACGGCAUUUUCAAGGCAUGGCAACCCUGAAAUAAGAUAUGUGCAAGAUCUCGUAAAGGAAAAUGGAGAAGAAAUUUCUAAACUGUUAGUUGAAGGAGCGCGAGUGUAUAUUUGCGGUGACGUCAAGAUUAUGGCCAAUCAAGUUAAAGAAGCCUUCAUAGAAUGUGUAUCAAAAUAUACAAACAGAAGUAUUAAUGUUGCAGAACUGUUCAUAUCAAAUAUGCAGAAAGAAAAAACAUUCUUGAUAGAUAUAUGGAAUUGA